UCUAUAAAAUAUGAUCAGAUUUUAUACAAAGCACAGCGUGAAAUCUGUGCGCGGACAAAAAACUUGUUAUCGCCGAUUUAUUAUAAUUUAUAUUUAUGAAGUGACUGUGUCGGUACUUAAUAGCUUUAUGUAUAUUGUGUUUGUUUUCAUUUAAAUUUUAAAUUUCUAUACCAAAGAUAUGAGCCGGUUGAACAUAUUCAGUUUUUUGAAAAUGCUUCAAGCAUUGUGUUGUGUACUGGGAGUUACAUCAGCAUCUUCAGACCCAGUUAUAGUCUCCAGAGAAGAAUGGGGGGCCCGCGCUCCUAAAAACAUAGAAAAUAUGGCGAACCCAGUACCUUACGUCGUUAUCCACCACAGUUAUCUACCACCAGCUUGUUACAAUUUAACCGAUUGUUUCAAAGCCAUGCGUUGGAUGCAAGACCUUCACCAAGACACCAACGGUUGGGCGGAUAUUGGCUACAACUUUGGUGUUGGCGGAGAUGGUAGAGCCUACGAAGGAAGGGGAUGGUCCAGAGUUGGUGCUCAUGCUCCCUAUUACAACAGCAAAAGUAUUGGAAUAUGUAUCAUUGGAGAUUGGACAGUUGAACUUCCACCAGAAAAUCAGCUAGCGACAGUUCAUGAGCUAAUACAAAAAGGAGUGAGAGAAGGGUACAUCCAGAAGGACUACAAAUUGGUAGGCCAUAGGCAGGUUAGACAAGGUACCGAAUGUCCGGGUGACAGGCUCUUCAAAGAGAUACACAAGUGGCAGAAUUUUUGUGAACAACCAGACGAGAUAGCAGUAAGGACAAACAACACUUGGUUCCUUAAAAAAACUGUACAUGACAAUAGUAGGGAUAAGGAAGAUAAAGAUGAAGACAAUAAUGACAAUGGUAUUAAUAGGUUAGAAAAAAGAACUGUUUAGAUUUAAGUAAUACAUUUUAUUUAUUAUU